GACCCUGCAUUCACUAUAUCUGGUCUCCCACAUACAGUGUGAUUUACUAAAGCUGGUGCACAUAUGCAUGGUAGCUAAUCGGCUUCUAACCUCAGCUUGUUCAGUGAAAGUGUUACUAAACCCAGGACCCUGUCUUCCACAGUACACAGAACAUGCAAAUGCAAUUAUUUUAGUAAAUAUAAACUGCUAAAUACUUUCUCAUCAGCAGUAUAUAGCAGUCUUGUGACUUUUAUCAGUAUCCAGCAGAGCACUGGUUAAAGUUUGCAGGAAGAGUUUUCAUUCUCCCCU